UGUUUCUUAUAAAUUUCUCCUCGACACUGCCACCUCCACUCACCAUUCUGGAUGGGGUCUUGGUACUUUUGGGAUGUUAUUUCCGGAUUUGGCAGGCUUACUUUUGGGCGCCAGCCAGGCUUGACCGUUGCACCCAUGGACGAGCCCAGGAGGAUGAUAGGGGGCGAGGGGCCCACUGGAACAACGCCGCAUAUCCUCCGUGACUGUGGCUGGCUGUCAUCAGCUCCUGUCUUCCAUGAAAGCCGCGGAAUCUUGAGGUUCAGAACGCAAGGGGCGACCCAAAGUUACGAGGCGAGACCGCAUGAGAGAGACACGAGCAGGUCAAGGAGGGAAGGCAGCGUGACAGUGCAAUUACUGGUUAAACCCCGGGAAAUCUAGAAGUGGA